CUUGCUAAAAUGAACGCAGGUCUGGGUUCUAUUUUGCUUUUUUGUUUAGCCAUUGAUAGCGAGCUAUUACCGUGUGAGUGUCAAAAGAUUCAGAAGAGAUACGCGUGACGAUAUUCAACGAGAAAUCUACAAGUUCAAGAUAGAAGCAGAUGAAGAAUCAGUCGAAUGGAUGAAUACAUUUAUACAAAGGUUUUGGCUUAUUUUUGAGCCUGUCUUGAGUGCUCUUGUUGUUGAAAAUUUAGACAAUUACAUAUCCGAUUAUUUGCCUCCUUACCUUGAUUCCAUUCGUCUUACCACAUUCACAUUGGGCACAAAGCCUUUUCGAAUUGAAACUGUCAAAACAUUUUUAAAUACCGAUCCUGAUACUGUGUGCAUGGACUGGAAAGUCUCGUUUAUUCCCAAUGAUUUGUUUGACCUAUCAGCAGAAGAAUCAGACUACAAAGUGAAUCCCAAAGUCAUUAUGAAUGUUCGUAUCGGAAAGGGUCGAAUGGGUGCCGGUUUCCCUGUUCUUGUGGAGAACAUGGCAUUUGCUGGUUAUCUGCGUAUCAAAAUCAAGUUUAUGAGCAUAUUUCCUUUUGUCAGAAUUGUUCAAAUGAGCUUCUUGGAAAAGCCUCAAUUUGACUAUGUCUUGAAACCUUUGGGCUCAGAUCAUUUUGGAUUUGAUGUCAAUGUGAUUCCUGGUCUACAAAGCUUUAUUCGCGAACAAGUACAUGGAAUUUUGGGUCCUUUGAUGUAUUCACCUAAUGUAUUUACCAUUGAUGUGGAACGCUUCCUUGCUGGUGACUUUGAUUUGAGUGCCGCAAAUGGUGUAUUGGCAGUAACAAUUUAUUCAACAGACCGAAUCAAGAAUAUUGAAAGCCUUGUUGAUGAUGCUCCUAAUCCUUAUAUUCGUUUCUAUUUGGAUCAUGGCCAAGAGCUUGAUCGAACCACUGUUUGCGAAAACACAUUCACACCCAAAUGGAAUGAAACAAGAUACCUAAAGAUCAAUAACCUAAACUCGUUAUUAUCUAUUGAAUUAAAGACUUCAAGACCAGGAAAGAAAGAUAGACGUUUAGGUACAGCUAACUUUGACUUGUCCAUGUUGGAUGGAGAAACACAAGCUGAACAAGAAGGAUUGAAUUUGAUGAUGCUUCGCAAUGGUAAGCAUGUUACGGACCUUCGAGUGGAUCUUCGCUAUUUGCCAAUCUCCAAGCCUACUAAACGUAGUGACGGUAUUGUCGAGCCACCUGUUGAAUCUAACUCUGGUAUUGUUCGUUUCAUGAUCCAUGAAUGCCGUGACUUGACCUCAGCAGCCGAAAAUAUUAGUCCCUAUGUUCGCAUCAUCAUUAAUGGUGCUGAAAAGAAGAAAUCUUCAGUUAUGAAGAGAAAGAAUAAUCCCAAGUAUGAAGAGCCUUAUGAAGUUGUGGUUUUGGACAAGACUUCUUUCUAUGUUCGCGUAGAAAUUAGAAACAAUGCCGAUAAUGAUACACUUUUAGGUGUCUUUGCAUCUUAUUUGCCAGACAUGAUUCGACAACAAGAAAAGAAUGAUAGUUGGUGGCCUUUGACUAACAACGACACUCAGAAUGGUGAAAUACGACUCAGUGCUGAAUGGAAACCCAUGAUCUUGUCUGGUCUUUCUGACUUUGUCAGUGCACAAGGAUUCAAUAAACCACCUAUUGGUGUUGUUCGCUUUACAUUCUGGGAAGCCCGUGAUCUCCGUAAUGUAGAAAUAGUAACAAACGGUAAAAGCGAUCCUUAUGUCCGUGUGUUAUCUGGACAUCAAAUUCGUGGUAGAACACAAGUGGUCGAUAACAACUUGAAUCCCGAAUGGGGUGAAGCCAUUUAUGUUCCUAUUCAUUCUCUUAAAGAAAAUUUUGUCCUUGAAGUUAUGGACUGGAAUGCUAAAUCAAAAGACAAGUCGCUCGGUAUUACUGAAUUUAAAGCUUCAGACUUGAUACAUCAACAGAUUGGCGAUCAAAGUGUCAACCCUGAUGUUUGGUAUGAAUCAAAGAAUAUCAAAUAUGAUAGAUGGCAAAAGCUACAUGCUAUCGACAGACGAGUUGCUAAAGGCGAUCUUCAUUUCUCAGCUGAAUUCUAUCCUGUUAUGGGAUUGCCAGGCGACCACAGUAGAGACAAUGAACCUACUUCUAAUAAAGGCAGCAAUAUUUCUUCAGUAUCUGCUGUCUCUUCUACUGGUUCUCCCACUUCCUUACCCCUUCGUGGUCUGCACGGAUCAUUUAUUCGUUACACACCUGAUGGCUUGGUAGACUUGAAUUCAUAUAAUUCUGGUAUUCUCAAAAUCAAGAUUCAUCAGGUUCAACUAUCUUCUCCUGCUUAUUGUUACUGCCAGGUCAUUGUUGAUGCAUUGAUGCCUCAAUACAAAACUGCAAAACUUCGUAGUGACGAUCUUUUGUUUGACGAAUGUGCUGAUGCCUUUAUCAAGGAAGCCGACUUUUCCCGUAUUGCUAUCGAAUUGAAGCCUGCUUAUUCAGAUGAAAAAGAUGUCCAUAAACUAGGACAUUGGAUUGAUACAGGUUCAUCUAUUGUUCGUCGUAUCAUGAAGCGUAAGCGACUUGGUAUUGAUAUGGAGAAUGAUGAAGGUACAUGGUUCAAUUUGAUGGGUACAGAUGGUCCUGCUAGAAUUCGUCUUAGUUUCGAUUACUAUCCCAUGGUCAAUUUUGUUUUGAACCCUGAUGAGAGUUUAGACAAUCAAGGCGUCUUGACUGUCGAUCUUGUGAGUGCACGCAAUUUGAUGGCUGCAGACAAAACGGGAACCAGUGAUCCCUAUGUUGUAUUUAACGUUAAUGGAGAAAAAGUGCACAAGAGUGAGGUGAUCAGAAAGACAUUGAAUCCUAAAUGGAGUCAUGAGCGCUUCUCUGUUCCUAUUCAAUCAAGAGUCACUGCAAGCAUUCGUAUUGAAGUGUUUGACUGGAAUCAUGUUAAAGGUCAUCAACCUAUAGGUUCUGGCGGCAUCACCCUUCGUGGUGAUGGUGUAGAAAGCUUCCAGUCACGUAUGGUAGAUAUCCCACUUGAUGGUGUUGCUGGUGUCUCAGGCACUGUUCAAGUUAAAUUUACAUGGCAUCCACAACUUUUGAUCAACAAGAAGACACAAACAUCUGUCCUUGGUGCAACUCGCACGUAUAUUCACGAUGAUGUGAACUUGGAAGCCUCUGGCCCACUUCCUCGUAAAUCAACUAGUUCUCCUUUUAGUAGUGGAAUGGAACGAACAUCAAGUGAAGGUACAAGAGAUAUGGUUCAAGAAAGCCUCACUGGAAGACAAUCGCUUGAGUCUAACUUUAGUUAUGAUGAAACUGCUUCAAUCGCACACUCCACCAUUGCUGAUACAACUGCAUUGAGUGAUGCGACUGGCAGCGCUGGUAUUGUCACUAUUACUUUAAUUGAAGCCCGUGGUUUGCGUGGUGUAGAUAAAAGUGGUACAAGCGAUCCAUUUGUGCGUGUUAAAGUAGCAGGAGAGCAAAUUUACAAGACCAGAUACAUAUCAAAGACACUAUCACCUGAAUGGAAUGAAUCAUUUACAUGCAAUGUUGGCGGCGAGCCUUUUCUGUUUGACUUUAAGGUAAAGGAUCACAAUAAGAUCAGAUCAGCAGUUGAUCUUGGACAAAGCCGAGUGAAUGUUUGGGAUUUGAUCAAGGUCGAUGUUCCUGGAGGAGAUUUCUUUAAUCAAUGGAUUCCUCUGCAUCCAGCUGGAAGUGGCGAACUUCGCAUAAACGUUCAAUUCAAAUCAACCAUGUAAUAAUGUAUCAUGUAUAUCUAUAUAUAAUAAAUAUUUGUUUUAUUUAAA